UUUUUUUUUUUUUUUUUUUUUUUUCUUUUAUUGUACAUUAUAAUGUCAAUAAAAAAUGAAAUAAUGUAUGACAGAAAUGAAGGGACUACAAGUCAAAUUAAAAGGAUUUUAACUUCAUUCCUAAGUAAGUAUUUUAAAACUAUUAACUGAGAUUUGGUUGAACUUCUUCCUCCUAGUAUUGACUUUAUUCUUCUGUGUAGCACGCUUUUUGACAGUGUUGACUAUCUUAACGAGUGCAGUGUUACUCACAUACAUACUUGGUUAUAUAACAUUUGGAUUCAAUAGAGAUGUAAGCCUUCUUAGGGUAAUAUAAGUCAUUCGUAUUUAGAGUAUCCGAAUGAGAUAACAUCAAAGGAUGCCAUUCAUCUAUCCAGUUUUAUGGAAGCGUUGUCGAUGUUAUGGAAGGAUGAAGAAGGAAUAGAUCCUUCUCUCUCUGAUCCAAGUUACAAUACAUAUUCGACAAAAGAGAUUCAUAUAGAUAAUUUUUAUGAAAAGAGUAAGAUUCGACAUGAUAUUGCAAAGGAACUUGGAUUAGAAUCCAACCUAUUCCCUACAUAUACUCCUAAAGUAACGGAUGAAGGUGAACUACCUCGAGUCAAUGGAUUAAUAAGAGCAAAUGAAGAGAGUCUAUCAAAGAUGAGAGAUCAGAUUGCUUUCCUGCCAAAUAAUAAUAAUAAUAAUAUGAAAACCCAAAAGGGGCCCCUCAAAUCAAAAGACUCCAUGACGCAAUGUGAUAUACAUAAAUUAAGCCAUCAAAGGUCCAAGAUAAUCACUUUAUUUCCACUACAAUAUGAAACAACGAAUAUUAAAUUAGACGGCUUAUUUAGUGAUGGAGGAAGAAUUCGACUAAGAACAUCUACAACAGCAGAUCAUAGUAUUCUUCUUAACUUUACUUUAUAUGCACAAACAGAAGAUCUAUUAACACAUGUCUUGUUUUCUGAAAUUGAUACUUCUCCAACAAAGAGUAUUCAUAUCAGCAACCAUCAUUCUUUAUCCUCUUCUUGCUUGGUCUAUUAUUUGGAUAUCAUCUUUCCUUCAAAUCUUGAUUAUUAUAAAAAUAUGAAUAUCAAAGUAAAUCACGUAAAUCGUAUAGAAGGAGAUUUGAAAGAUAUUUCAUUCCAAAAGUUUUCUGUUGGUGUAGGAAGAGGAUCUAUCCAGUUUAAAGAUCUUAAAGCGGAUAAUAUACUUUUGGGAACUUUGAAUGGCGUUAUUCUUGGUAAUUAUUUACCUACAGAAUCUAUUGGUGCUGCAUCUAUUAAAGGUGCAACACAUAUUCAAAUUUCACCACAGUCAAACAAUUUGAAAUCAACUAGUGUCUGCUUAGACGGACCUGUAAAGACUAUAGUGACAAAAGGAAAGGACAGUAUGACGGACAGUGCUUUUACUGUUCAUUGUUGGUUAUGUGAGCCUACAGUCGUAUCUAACAAUACAGCAACACAUCAUAAACAUGAUGUACACAUCACGUCCUCUAGGCGGAAAACAAUUAAAAUUGGAUAUUAUAAAGAAUUAUGUGGAGCCCAUUUUAAUAUUCAUUCGAGAUAUGGUGAAUCAAAACUAUAUUACAGUUAAAAUAUCAAUACUAUUCUACUCAUUGUAAAUAUAUAUAUAUAUAUAAAAAAA